GGUUCUUGGAAGAAUGCAACAUUAAAUCAUUCCGUGAUAAUAUUGGUAUUUAUCUCACUUCUCUCGAAACCAUCAUUAAAACUGAAAAUGGCAGAAGGCGCGAAAGAGCACAACAGUUAUACAAACAGUAUAAAGAGGCAAGUUUAAGAAUCUUUUGA